AUGUCACUGAAUAUUAUGGACAAGAUGACAGAUGUCUGGGAUCCUAAUGAGUUUAUCACAUACAAUGCGACAACUGCUCCUACAGAUACUGGUCAUCAAGCUCUUGAAGCCGUGAUAAAACCAGGUACUAACUCUGACACGAACCACAAUGUGGAAAAAAGAUGGAAAAAUAGUCCUAUCGUGCCUAGAAUGAGCGAUGGAGUCCUCGUCGUCAUUCUGGAAAUUCUGUUACCAAAUGAGGAUUUCAUUUAG